AUGAUUUACAAUACGCCAUUCAUUACUUCAUUGAACUGCGCGGGCGAAGUCCAUUUGCUUGUGGGCACACAGUCUUUGGGGUCCACCAUUUCCCGUGUCAAGGCAGUGAUUGCAAGCGGAGCGCAAGCCAAAGUCGUUAAUAUGUGCUCUGAGAACGACUUUAAAAAGAUCCAAGAACAUUUUUACGGUGAUGAGCGUGUUUGUGUUUUUUUGAAGCCAUUUGCGUUGCAAGAUCUUACGACUUUGGGUCGUCAGUUCGUGGGAGGAAUCGUGGAUAAAGUAUUUGUGAAUCUCCCACAAGAAGAGGCUUUGUUAAUGCAGGACAUUUUCAAGCAGUGCUUGAAGCUACGAAUCCCCAUAAAUACCUCACAGAGACCUGAAAUGUCUACCUUCUCUCCGCUCUCGACCUACUCUGAUCCAGAGAAAAGUGGACUGCAAAUUGCAGUGACAACUAAUGGUCAAGGUUGUCUGCUAGCUAACCGCAUCAAAAGGGAAAUUGUCGCCAGGCUACCCAGUAACAUUUCAAAGGCAGUCACUAAUAUGGGACAAUUGAGAGAUCGCAUCAUCAACGAAGACCACACAGAAUUGAUUACGACAUAUCACCAGAAUAGCGAUUUGCAAGAACUUGGUUACGGAGUCGACGAAGACGUUUGGGACAGUCAAAAGCUCAACAAACUUGUUUAUGAAUUCAGUAUGACCGAGAAAGAACAAAAGCUAAAGAGAACCAGAUGGUUAUCACAGAUUAUGCAGUAUUACCCUCUCAGUACGCUUGCGGACGUAUCGAUUGACCAGUUAGCGGAUAGCUAUCGGUCCGAAUAUGCGGAGAAAAAUGCGUCGUCCUCUAAACAGUCCUCUGCACAACCCGAUCAUAAAGCUAGAGGUGAUACAUCUGAAGAGAACACGCCAGCUGUCCCUGCCGUAGCAGUCUCAAAGGAUGAUGUUCUAAAGAUUUCAAAUGAAAAGGGCAGAAUAGCUCUAGUUGGUAGUGGGCCUGGAUCUAUUUCCAUGCUAACUUUGGGUGCUUUGCAUGAGAUCAAGACAGCAGAUUUGGUGCUAGCUGAUAAGCUUGUACCAGAAGAGGUAUUGCAAUUGAUUCCAUCGGGAACGGAGACUUUCAUCGCAAGGAAGUUUCCUGGAAAUGCAGAGAGGGCGCAGAAUGAGCUUUUAGAGAAAGGUUUAGCAGGUCUUAAAGAUGGUAAGAGGGUUGUCCGUUUGAAGCAAGGCGAUCCUUAUAUUUUCGGUCGCGGCGGUGAAGAGUACUUGUUUUUUUCACAGCAUGGUUUCGAACCUGAGGUUUUACCUGGUUUAAGCUCCGCAUUAACUUCCACUGUGGUUUCAAAAAUCCCAGCCACUCAGAGAGAUGUUGCCGAUCAAGUCUUGAUUUGCACUGGUACUGGAAGAAAGGGAGCUUUGCCAGAUAUCCCGGAGUUUGUUUCAACACGCACAACUGUAUUUUUGAUGGCCUUGCAUAGAUCGAGUGUGCUCAUUGAAGCGUUACUGAGCAAGGGCUGGGAUCCAGAAGUCCCUGCUGCGAUUAUAGAACGUGCAUCUUGCCCCGAUCAAAGAAUUACCAGGACUUCUUUGAAAUAUGUGCCUGAGGUUGUAGAAGAAAUUGGCUCUCGUCCACCUGGGCUCUUGGUUGUGGGAAGAUCAGUUACUGCACUAUUGAGUGAGGAAAAGGUGAGGUUCAAUGACACUAGAAAGUUUUACAUUGAAGAAGGAUACCAUUACGAUCAGCACAAUGUUGCCCUUACUAAGCUCGCAUCUGCAUAUCAUAUUUAA